ACGAUGACGCAUUGCUGCUGGCGCAUCAGUGGCACGGGCCCGGACAUAAAGCCUGGGCACGCAACCGCACCAGAAACUCCAACAAGCCCCGCCCUUCCUUCACACACCCACUGAGUCAAACACUAGCUGCAAACACACACACGCACACACUCUUUUAUCCUCUCGAGCAACCAUGUCCGACGACAAGCAGCAGCAGACCCGCGACGAGGUCGCCCAGGAGAAGUUCGGCAAGAAGUUUGAGGAGCUGGAUCCCAUGGAGCGGAUCCAGGUCGGCGGCACCAUUGGCGGCCGCAGCCGCGGUGACGCCGAGGGUGGCGACCACAAGGAGCACCUGAACAUGGUGGCGCAGGAGAAGUUCGGCAAGAACUUCGACGACCUGGAGCCCAUGCAGCGCAUCCAGGUCGGCGGUACCGUGGGCGGCCAGGCUGGCGGCCUGUACACGGGCACCGGUGGCGACCAGUAAUGCGGCCCCGAUGGCCCGUUACUGGGGGCGCUGUCGCGCAUGGCCAUUGUGCGUGAUUUGAAGUUGACAGGGAAGUUGGCGACGUUGUGACAGCAGCAGGCGCUAGGAGGCAUGCAGGCAUGCAUGUCAGCACGUGUGUUUUGACUACGUGUGCUGGAAGCCCAUACGACCUGUGGCGUGGACUUGUCUGACGUAGGGUGACGGAGGGUUGUGCCGGUGGUUGUGCGCGCGGCUAGCUUUAGUUAGCUUUUGCGUUUGCAGCCCCAACAAGGAGUAUUGUACCGGUAUGUGGAGGUGACGUUGUGUGAUGACUGUUCACAACUUAACGCUGAUGUGCUCCGCAGCGGUUGACACAAGGCUGGUGACAAUGCAAUGACCGUGGAGAUGAUGCGCGACGGCAAGUGGGUGCAUGCACAUGCAUACUCUGCCCGCGUUUCGGACUAAGCGCACAGCGUUGCGCGGCAUGUAAACAGUCAGGCGU